GAAUACAACCCGGAUGUAAUCUUUUCAGAAUGUGACCCGUUCUUGUCCCGAUGACCGACAAUCCUUGAGAAUGAGUUGUAAACAACUUGUUCACAAGUCUGGUAAUGGAUUAGGCUCGCAAGGUUGGUAAACAAACGUUAAAGUGUGGAACGCUUACUUUGUUAGGCACCUCUUUAUUAAAACUCUGCAAGUGUGCAUGGUGUUCCUCGUUGAAGCAGCGCAAAAAUGCCCGCUGGGGUGUCGUGGACUCGUUACCUGAGGAUGUACGGAGCCAGUAUAUUGGCCAUGUUUGCAGGGGCACAGGCGGUCCACCAGUACUACUUACCCGACCUGACUAUACCAGAGGUCCCACCAAAGCCUGGCGAGCUUCGGACAGAAUUACGAGGCUUCCAACUCAGAGAAGCAGCCGUACAGCAGCAAAUGGAAGCAAAACCCAAGAUGAACUAAUAUGGAAAUAAUAUAUAUAUAAUGGAAAUGGUCUCAGGGCGGUGAAUAUUUAUCACAGACAGUAAUCAUUGGUUUCAACAUAUUUGUAGGUAGACAACAGUGUGAACAUUAAAUGGACUUUUCA